AUGAUUUUUGGAAUUUGUCGUGGUUGUGGUAAUCCAAAUGACGACUUCAACAAGUGUCAGUCAUGUGAAGAUUGGAUUAAUGAAAAAACUCGCGUUUUGCAAGCCUUACAAGAUUUGAUCGCGCAAAGAGAAUACUUAUCAAGAAGUGGUAAAAAAUCAGAAUGUGAUGAAAUUUUGUCGUAUGGUGAAGUUGGGUCUCCUUUGGUAAUGGAGAUGGGAUCUUUAAACACUAAAAAUAACCAAGAGCAUCCCGAUCUUGAGCAUUAUGCAACACAAGCUAGGGAAAGUAAAGAAGAAUCUGAUUGCCAAAAGUAUAUAACUAAAGAACAACAAAUUUAUACAAAGAAAUCCUCAGCACUUCAGACUACGCUUUCUAGUAAAGAAUUUACUCAAACACAAGAACAAAAACAAAUCCAUUGUGUGGGUUUACAAGACAAAGAAAUUGUUGACAAUAUCACAAAUAAAAUAUUAUUUUCAUUACAAAUACUUGGAACAUCAAAAUUUAUUGAAGAGACAAGAAAACAUAUACAUGUAAAGAAAGCAUUAAGUUCCAAAAAUAGGAAUGUAUUUGAUUUUAUACUUUAUUCUCCUAAUGAUGAAUUGACAGUUAUAGAUAGCCUGAUCUUAGAAAUUCCAAAAGAAAUAGUGAAAAAUAGUAAAGCAGAUAAUGGGACCAUUGGAGCUAAAGUUGAUUAUAUAGAGAAACUACUCAAUGUAAUGAAUAUUGAAGAUUUUGAUGUUUUAUACCCAACUUCUGUGUCUCCAAAUAUAUUUACUUUAAGACAUAUAACAGGAUCACAUUGCCCUUUAUAUAAUUGA